AUGCGUGGCAGGGAGCUGCAGGCGGCAGAGGAGGACUCCACCAACUCGUUCAUCUGCGUCCUGAAGAAGAUGAAGGAGGUGCGGCUGGUGGAGAAGGUCGUGGAGGAGACAGAGGAGGCCUUCACGGAGAGGAUGGAGAACCUUGCUGAGCAGUGGAGGGACCUGCACGCCAGGAGGGCCCAGCUGAAAGCCCACGUGGUGACAUCUGGGACGACCGUAAAGCUGGCACACCUGGAACACCUGGCACUCCUGACACCUCCUCUCCCCUGGGAGCAGCCUUGGGCCAGCGCCCCCGGCCAGGGCCAGGGCUCCCCUGAGGCCGGAGCGAGAGCAGCAGGGGUUGGUGCCCUGGGUGGGAGCGGGCUCGCCCGGAAGGCACAGCCCCACCCCGGUGCUGCCCAGGCCAAAGGGACCGCGCAGGUGGCCCUGGGACAGGGAGGGGAGUGUCCCGCAGUGCUGGGCUCUCCUCCCUGGAGCUCUCCUGGCAGUGCCCUGAGUGACCCAGCUCCUCCUUGCCCUGCCCUGCUCCUCCGGCUGUGUGUGCUGCUGGGAACCCCCCAGGAGAAUGAAAGGCUGCGAACCCAAGCCCUGAAAAAAGCCAAAGAGGAGAAAGAGGAGAAUUCAAAAAAGGAGAGUGAGCUCCUGAGGGCUAGGAGGGAACUGGAAGCCCUGAGGAAACAGCACCAGAAACUCUCCAAACAAUUGCUGAAGUACUCCCGGUUCAAGAGGUACCUGGAGGAUGUGGUGGAGAACUCUCAGUUCCGUGACAUCGAUGACGUCAUCAGCUACUACAAGGCCCUGCUGAGGACACGCAAGGACCUGCUGCAGUCCCAGUGGUGGCACCGGCAGCUGAUGGAGCAGGGCAAGGGCCUGCAGCAGCAGCUCAGGGCAGAGAGGGAAGCUGAGAUGCUUCAGUGCAGGAACGACCUGGUGCAGCUCCAAGAGUCGUUAGACCAGGCUCAAAGUGACAUCCGGCAGUGGGAGGAUCGCUGGGCCCAGGCCCAGGCCAGGGCUGCCAGGAAGGCCGUGGAGCUCAAGUCCCUCACCAUGGCCAUCCACAGCCUGUUCCACGCCGCCAGCGCGCGGCUGCAGCCGCAGGGCAGGGUGGCAGCCGGGGACAGCCACAGGCAGCUGGACAUGAUCCAGCAGUUCAUCCACGACCUCCAGGACUUCACGGAGGACAUGAAGGAGCGUGGCCGAGCUCUGUGAGAGCCUGCCCUGCCAGCGAGGCAGCAGCAGGGCGGGCAGGGAGAGGAGAGGAUGAGGGAACCCUGCAGAUAUUGCAGACUAAAAAAAAUAGCAAAUAUUUUAAGGCAUCUCUUCAUUUCCUGCUGAUCUUCCCUGCUCUUCUGUGAGCCCAAAUACUCAGAAGCAGAAGAGAGAGAAGCAGAGGGGCUGAGCCCUGCGUGGCUCUCAGGGCUCCCAGAGGUGUCUCAGACACUGGCGGUGCCACCAAGAGCUGCUCCUGCUCUGGACAAUCAGCUCCUGACUCAUCCCAGAGCACGGAGCGUGCGGGGCCUUUGUGUCCCUGCAUCUCAUCUCAGCUGUGACAUUUCCAGAGGGACGGGGUCAUCCACACCCCUCCCGGGAGGUGACUCAGUGGUCCCCAGCCAUGGCCACCCUGUCACCCCCACGGGUGUCACCCUCUCGGUGGUGGCAGGAGCUCAUGGGACAGGAGCAGCUCCGCCCUGCCCUGUGGGGGAUGCAUGGGGACACAGCUGUCCCCUGCCCUGCAAGGGAAGGUUGGGGACACUGCUGCCUCCUGCCCUGUGAGGGAGGACAUGGCUGUCCCCUGCCCUGUGAGGGGCAGCUGGGGACAGAGCUGUCCCCUGCCCUGUGAGGGGCAGUUGUCCCCAGGGGCCGGUGAGGACACUGAGGGACCAGAAGUG